AUUCGCCACCAAAACAUGGCGUUGAUUUUAAUAAACAAUAAAAUACAAUUUACGUGUGAUGUGAAAAAGUUAAUUUUCUGGAUCAAUUUAUGGUGUUUUGUGUGUGGUCAAGUGGAUCCCGGUGGUCGUUAUCGUAAUCGUGCGGGUGUUUAUGUUGAUCCUGGUGAACGAGGAUAUAGUACAUUUGUGUAUAAGGAUCGUAGAUAUGGAACGUAUCAACCGAAUGCGUACGGUAAUCAAUAUUCUGGACAAGAUCCAUAUGCAAAUCCAGUUUUACCGCCAGGUUCGAAUCCCUACAAUGCACAGGAACAAUUUGAGUUUAAUCAAAAUCAGAAUGAUCCACAAAGGGUCUACUUACCGGGUGUUCUAGGUGGUUGGAGACCUGAUUUACAAGGAAAACAACGACAGGAUAGUAUUACCUUACCUCGUGAUAUUUUUGUAAAUACAAAUUAUGGCCAAGUUCAAGGAUUUAAGGUUUACAUUUAUGACGAUCCACGGCCUGAAUCUGGUUAUCGUCCAAUGGUCAAUGUUCUGGAAAAAAUCCGUGGUACUUGUCACGUUUUCUUGGGUAUUCCCUAUGCAAUGCCUCCAAUAAAUGAAGGACGAUUUAAGCCACCACGACCUCAUAAAAGUUGGCAACAAAUUCAGGCUGUCGAUUAUGGGCCAGCAUGUCCGCAACCAAAUCGAUAUACGGGAGCUACAAAGGGAAUUAACGACAUGGACGAAGAUUGUCUUUAUUUAAAUGUCUUUACACCUUCGAUUGAAAGCAGAGCUCAAAAAUAUCCCGUAAUGGUUUACAUUCACGGUGGAGAAUUUACAUACGGCGCCUCAAAUACAUUCCCGGGCCAUAUUAUGGCCACUUUUUACAAUGUGGUCAUUGUGACAAUCAAUUAUAGAUUGGGUGCGUUAGGAUUUUUAAGUACGGCCGAUGUCAAUUCACCUGGUAAUUAUGGAAUUUUGGAUCAAGCAAUGGCCUUACGAUGGAUUCAUGAUAAUGUUGAAGCUUUUAAUGGUGAUCGUAAUUCCAUCACACUAUUCGGACCUGAUGCUGGAGCCGCUUCCGCAGGUCUUUUAAUGGUUGCACCCGAAACAAGAGAUCUUGUAACUGGUGUUAUUGCUCAAAGUGGUUCAGCGGUCGCAGAUUGGGCCUUCAUCGUGGAUCGAUACCGUGCUCAAAACACAAGUAAAGUAUUCGGUUUGAAAGUGGGCUGUAGUAUUGAAUCCUCGUGGAAACUAAUCAAUUGUCUAAAACGUUCACGACAUUUCUCGAAAAUUGGAAACGCUGAAUUAAAUCCAGAUGUUGGAACAUUCCCAUGGGGUCCAGUUCUUGAUCAAAAUUUAACGAUGCCUGAGUACGAUGGUGGAUGGCGAAAGAAAGAUUGGGUCUUUUUGAAGGAAACACCUGAAGAAUUAAUUAAAAAGGGACAUUUUAAUCCGAAUUUACGAUAUAUGAGUGGUGUUACUACACAGGAAGCUGCGUUUUUCAUAAAAAAUAAUAAAACUUUGGAUCCAUAUUACGAAGUGGAUGAGGAUUUUUUCCAUCAAAAAAUUAUGGAGCAUGUUCUUCGGUACAAUUACACUUUGAAUCCGCUAGGAGUUUAUGAGGCAAUUAAAUAUAUGUACACCUAUUGGCCGGAUCCUCAUAACAAAACACAUUUCCGGGAUCAAUAUAUUAAGAUGCUUUCUGACUUUUUGUAUGUGGCCCCACACGAUAAAAUGGCCAAAUUAUUAUUGGAGAAAAAUGUUCCCGUUUAUUUAUAUGUUCUAAAUACAACCGUCGAAAGUUUGGGAUACGAUUAUUGGCAUCAAUACACGCAUAAUAUUGAACAUCUGUUUUUGACUGGAGCACCAUUUAUGGACGAAGAAUUCUUUCCAAAAAUACAUCGAAUCAACCGAUAUAAAUGGACAAAUAAUGAUCGAAACAUGUCACAUUUCUUUAUGAAAGCGUACACAGAUUUUGCACGAUAUGGUAAUCCAUCUCAGCAACAAAUUCUUGGAUUACAUUUUGAACGAGCCCGUCCUGGAUUCUUAAAAUAUCUAAAUAUAAAUACGACCUACAAUUCGACAAUUUUAUGGGAUUAUCGUCAAACGGAAUCGGCAUUUUGGAGUUAUUAUCUACAAACCGUAAUUGGACGAUUAGUGCCAACUUAUCCACCAAUCACUGAGAUUUGGUGGGAGCCUAAACAACCUUUACAAAUUGCAUUUUGGAGUGUCUCGGCAACAUGUUUACUUUUAGUGGUUAUGGUUGUCGUGUGUUGUAUGUUGUGGCGCAGUGCAAAGAGAAAUUCAGAUCGUUAUUACUCGGGUGAAAUGUUUAUGGUGCACGAUAAUCCAGACGCUGAUCAAGGUCUAGAUAAUCAUAAUCCACGGGCCGAAAAUAACAUUUAUGAGUAUCGUGAUGUACCUUCACCACAAAGUGGAAAAACCCGAGUAUCUCAGCAGACGACGGCCCUCGUUACAGAUCCAGGUCGUGCUUCUAGCAUGGGCUCAUUAUUAACGGGCAGUGUUUCAUCAUUACGUGAACAUCCUCCACCACAAAAACAACAACAGCAAGCGCAUACGCAACAACAACAACAACAACAGAUGCAACCGACUAGCCAACAGUUAACAAAUCGGACCAGAAGCAAAACACAAUUAGUACAAGGUGUACCACAGACACAAGUGUAGCGUACAAAUUUUUUAAGCUUUAAUUCGUUCAAUAUUUUAAAUUUUGUGAUAAUUUUUGUGUCUUAAUUUUUUUUAUAGGUGCAAUAUUUUUGUAAUUCAAGCGUUAUCAGUCUCAAAAAACGUAAAUCGUUUCCAAAAGCUUGUAUUUUUUUGCGUCUAAUAAUUCUUAGAAACACGUUUUUGCAAGAAAACAUCAACGUUUCCGGACGUAUGUGUCCGGGUUUUUUUCGGGCUACCAUAUUUAAAUUAUACUACUCUGUUAUAGUACAUAUAACAGACAAAGCAUCUAUUGUUUGAAACUGACAGUACACGCCUUCUUGUGUGUGCCAAUCAACUUGAAGUUUUUCUCCCAAAAAUUGCCAAAUCUGCCUUAUAAGUAAUCCAUCGCCGUCUGUGACCUUUUUUUAAAGUUUUAACUGUAGAUUAGGGUAAAGAGGGAACUUUGUUGAUGUUUUCUGGCAAUUGAACUCAAUUUAUCGAACAAUCGAUUAAUUUCGAACAAAAACUUGUUUGUAACGCACACGUAAUGCUGCAACCAAUACCUGACAAUCAAAAUAAUGAUCUCUCUUUUUAAAAAACUUAUUUUUCUCUAUUCGCUCGCUAUUUUGAAGCGAGAGAUUUUUUUAUAAAAAUAUACAUUCCUUUUCGAAUCAAAUUUUAAAAUAUUGACAAGAAUGGCAAUAAAUUUUCUUUAAUGGAAAAUCGAAAAAACAAAAACCAAAGAAAUUUUUUAAAAAGUUUGCCAUUUGAACACAACUUUUGUUGGUAGCUUAUGAAAGAAAACAAAACGAUACCGUCCAAGUCCUACAGGAAUUUUUUGCAUAAUAUUAACGUAUUUUCUUUUAAUAAUUGUUAGUAUAUAGAAAUUUCUAACUUAAAAUUCGGCUAAAAAUGCCUUUUAUAAAUCAAAAGUGACUUUUGAGUGCCUUUGCCUCUUUAAAAAGAAAUCAAUUUUUUAAUAUUUAAGUCAGUAACUGCCAUAUCAUAAAAAAUUUGAAUUUAGAAAGAACAAAAAAAAAACAUAAAUUUGAUAUACAGUGUCGUUCAGGAAUUCUCUAAAACCAUAUGCACAAACAUUUAUUAAAUAAAUAUCCUGGAACACGCUGUAUAUUAUAGAUCCGUGCAUGUGUGUAUGAAUUUUUAUGUACGUAUUAAUUUUAAUAAUGUAGAUUUUAUAUUUCUCCCCCAAAAUUUAUUUUUUUUUUAGUUUAAGAACUGUCAGUUCGCUAUGUUAUCUUAACGAGGUUCUACUGUAUUUUUUUUUUCAAAAUGAUAUUUACACUUCUAGUUAGAUGAGGAUAGCACAGCGCCCAACGCUCUUGAAAUUGGAAAUCAGUGGAUCAAAAAUCUUGUUCGGAAAAUGCUGCACCGAAUAAGGAGCGAACAGCCUUUGGCCACUGUAUUGAAUUCGUUAGAAACUUUCGUAAAGAUUGUUUUGAAACCUUGC